AUGCAAGCAACCUCUCUAUGCUCCCGUGUGCUUCUACCAUUCCCUCGUUCGUUGCCUCCCCACAACACUACACGUAGGAGUUUAAUCUGUGCAUCAAAAAGAGACUCGUUUGGGCACCAAUAUGAUGGCAAGUUGGUGGAUGAGAACAUGAUCCUUCUCAGACUGCGAAUCCGUGAGAUAGAGAUGUUGCAAAUGAAGGGUAAAGCUCCUUCGGAUUGGAGUGAAUGGGAGAAGAAGUAUUUUGGGAAUUAUGAUUCGGAUGUAUUUGAAGCACUUGGAUUGUUGCAGAGAAUGUUGAUGAACACUAGACCUUCUUUUGCCCUCGCCAUGCUAGCUCUUCUUAUGCUUAGCAUGUCCAUCUCAAUGUCAUUACUUGUGUUUCAUUUUGUAGAAUUCGCUAAGGGAAUCAUAUAA